AAGGGGUGUGGCCUCGGCCCUGGGGUGGCGGCCGUUGAGGCCGUGGCGCCUGCGGGCGGUGCUGCGGCUCCGGCCUGCGCGAAGUGGUCCCGCCCUGAGCGGGUAGCGGAGCGCGGGGCGGGGCCUGGCGAGAGGGUGGCGGCCCGCAGGGCGGGGGCGGGGCCGGCCUCUGCCUCCUUCUUCCUCCGCAUGUGGCUGGCGGCCGCGCAGCAGUUAGGUUCACGCUCUGUUCUCCCGCCGCGUCUCCUCAAGGCUCCUCUGGCCUGACGGGAGCCAUGUCGAUCUCCGAGAGCAACCCGGCGACCGCCUCCCUGCCCAACGGGGACUGCGGCCGCCCCAGGGCGCGGCCCGGAGGGAACCGGGUGACGGUGGUGCUGGGCGCGCAGUGGGGCGACGAGGGCAAAGGGAAGGUGGUGGAUCUGCUCGCGCAGGACGCCGACAUCGUGUGCCGCUGCCAGGGAGGGAAUAAUGCUGGCCACACGGUUGUUGUAGAUUCUGUGGAAUAUGACUUUCACCUUUUACCUAGUGGAAUAAUUAACCCAAAUGUUACUGCCUUCAUCGGAAAUGGAGUGGUAAUUCAUCUUCCUGGAUUGUUCGAAGAAGCGGAGAAAAAUGUUCAAAAGGGGAAAGGUCUGGAUGGCUGGGAAAAGAGGCUUAUCAUAUCGGACAGAGCGCAUAUUGUGUUUGACUUCCACCAAGCAGCUGAUGGCAUCCAGGAACAGCAGAGACAAGAGCAAGCAGGAAAAAAUUUGGGCACCACGAAAAAGGGCAUUGGCCCAGUGUAUUCCUCCAAAGCUGCUCGGAGUGGACUCCGAAUGUGUGAUCUUGUUUCUGACUUCGAUGGCUUCUCUGAGAGGUUCAAAGUUCUAGCUAACCAGUACAAAUCUAUAUAUCCUACUUUGGAAAUAGACAUUGAAGGUGAAUUACAGAAACUCAAGGGUUAUAUGGAAAGGAUUAAACCGAUGGUGAGAGAUGGAGUUUAUUUCCUAUAUGAGGCCCUCCAUGGACCACCCAAGAAAAUCUUGGUAGAAGGUGCAAACGCAGCAUUGUUAGAUAUUGAUUUUGGAACUUACCCUUUUGUAACCUCUUCAAACUGUACUGUUGGAGGUGUCUGCACAGGUUUGGGUAUGCCCCCUCAAAAUGUUGGAGAGGUGUAUGGAGUUGUGAAAGCUUAUACCACCAGAGUUGGUAUUGGUGCCUUUCCCACAGAGCAAGACAAUGAAAUUGGAGAAUUAUUACAAACACGGGGUAGAGAAUUUGGAGUAACUACUGGAAGGAAAAGAAGAUGUGGCUGGUUGGACCUUGUUUUACUCAAAUACGCUCAUAUGAUCAAUGGAUUUACUGCGUUGGCCCUUACCAAGUUGGAUAUUUUGGAUAUGUUUACAGAAAUCAAAGUUGGAGUUGCUUACAAAUUAGAUGGGGAAAUUAUACCUCACUUCCCAGCAAACCAAGAGGUCUUAAACAAAGUGGAAGUUCAGUAUAAGACUCUCCCAGGAUGGAACACAGACAUAUCUAAUGCAAGAACAUUUAAGGAGCUGCCUGUCAAUGCACAAAAUUAUGUUCGGUUUAUUGAAGAUGAACUUCAAAUACCAGUUAAAUGGAUUGGUGUAGGUAAAUCCAGAGAGUCCAUGAUUCAACUUUUCUAAGGAUUGCCAGCAAUGCAUGAGACACUCCUUGAAAGGAAGGGAAAAAUAUGCAAGCAUUUCACUACGGUCUGCAAAUUCACGAGUAAAGACAUUGAAGUGAGUUUUAAACUGGCAUUGGUUUGCAGUCUCUGACGGAUGGCUGUCAUGGAUAGACUGGCGCCUUCCCAUCCAGCUUCUCAGCUGGCAUGGCUGCCGCAUCUGUUGCUCCUGCUGCUCAUGGUGCCACACACAGUUCCUUUCCAUGUUUAGUAAUUGUAUAAUCCUUGUUUGAAAUCUAAAACUUCCACCAUAGUUUUUCUUCAUUGUUGUCAUUGUGUUUGAGUUUUUACCCUGACUAGAUGGUGAGAACAAUUAAUGCAGUUUUGCACAAAUAUUUUUACAUUCUGAUCAUUCAAUUCUGUCAUUGUAAUCUUUGCUGUUAGAAAGAAAUGAUGAAAAGAUAGGGGUUCUGUCAACUUUUGUAAUGCUAUGAAUUCUGUUUAAAUUGUGAACUGCUUAUUUUCUGCCGAGACCAUUGCAAAAUUGAGCUUUGGUUGGGUGGGGGGAGUAUGUUCAUGGGACCUUUAAUUUGUACAGAACACAAAACUUUGUUCUCUCUGCAAUUAUUUAAUACAAUGAACUUUUAAUUCUGUGUUUAAAAAGAAGAGAUGUUUCCCUACAAUAACAAACUUAAUGUUAAAAUAUUAUUAAAGAAAAUCUGUUGUGAUAUGUGGUGGAUAUUCUUUCUUUGUUUUCAAAUAUGAGCUCAAAUGUAUAUCUUUUUCCUUUUUUUUUUUAAGCAUACUAUUGUUUCUAAGAACAACAGGUUGGCUGUCAACAUUGUUUCUGCCAGUAUACCUACAAAAUGACCCAUAAGUACCCACAGGAACCCAAAUUGUCAGCCGUAAUUUUGAUCAUGCCUUCAUCCCUCCUUUCUUAAAAAAAAAAAAAAAAAAAGACAGUUAGGUGUUAUAUCAUGCUGUAGAUUAUCCUUCCAUGAACUAUUAAAUGUUUAAAUUAGGUAUCACUUGGAAUUAUUUUAUUACAUCAUCAGUGGCUGAUUAAAAAGAACCAACUAUUUCCAGUA